GAAAGCGUUAGUUUUGUCACUCAUCCAAUCAUAAAAUAAAUAAUAAAUAAACCUCAUUGUGUCUGUCUGUCUGCUUAGAUUAUCUUUAAGAACGUUUAGUGCGGAUGGGAAUGAACGAAAGUCGCUGAUAACUCUGAAAGUGAUUAAUUAUUACGUAGAAAUAAUAAGAUUAACACAACUAAAAUGGAAUUGAAAAGAUUUUGGUUGGUUUUAACUGUAACAACGCUGUUAUUGACUGCAGGAGUUUAUGUAGCAGCUCAGGAGGAGAGUGCAGAUGUGGACUAUGAAAAUCCAAAUUCCCUUGAUGAUCAUAAUGUACAAGUAACGGAAAAUCGUUUGGCUGCCCAGCUCUAUGCGGUAUUGGAGCAUUACAAACAAGAAGAUCCUGUGGGAUUUCCCGGUGCACCCAUACCAGAUCCCAUGGAUGUUCCAGAUAUGAAAAAGAGUCUGGGCAUGGCCACCUUAAAUAUGAUGAAGGUUAAAGCUUAUGGUUUAUCUAAAUUUCGUAUUGCCAACAUCAAUGCUGAUUUGAAAGCAAUGAAGGUCGAAGCCGGCAUCGAACUAGAUACAAUGGUUACCAAGGGUAUGUAUACUCUAAGCUCCUUCAUCUCUAAGGCAAAUGGACCAUUUACUGUUAUCCUAAAGAAAGUCUUUGUCAAAGCUUCGGCAUCCUUACAAGUGCAGCGUGAUGGUCAUUUGACCACAGAACGUAUUAAAAUGGAUGUAACAUUCAAGGAUAUGUCUAUGGAUUUCCAAAAUUUAGGCUUCUUGGGCACCGUUUUUCAGGGUAUAGUGAAUUCUGCUCCUAAUCUGGUAUUCGAUACCAUGAAGCCUUUUAUGCUGCAGGAGGCCGACAAGAAAUUACGCGAAGAAAUCAAUAACAAUAUUGUCAAGUUAAUGGGUGAUAAAUUGUUGCCAAACUCCAUCACUCCCCUUGAUAUGGCCAUUGCUGAAGGUCGUAAGAAGGUGCGCGAAAUGGGCUAUGAUCCUUAUCGCAUGCCCGACUACAAUCGCACGGUGGGAGUGUUUAGCAUGCAACUUUCAAACACUUGGAUUAAUGGCAUUUCAUCGUUUUACCGUGUCGGCGAUGUGGUGGUUUCUAUGGAAAAUAACACCGUGACUCUUAAGGUGAAAGUCGGUACUCAACAGAUAGCUGGUGCAGGUCAAUGGGAAGUGGGCUGUGGCUUGAUAUCUCGUGUUGGUCACGUCCAGUUUACCGUUCAACACAUACGUCUAACGCUCAGUGUUAGCCAGGCUUUAGAUACGCGUAAGAGACCCAUCAUCAAUGAUCUUCAAAUUGAUUUGGGAAAUAUACAAGUACGUUGUGAUGGUGCCGGUACUUUGGAUUAUAUUAUGGAAUUUGUGGUGAAUGUGUUGCCCAAUCUAUUGCGCUAUCAAAUUAUGGACGCUUUGGAGAAUCCAAUUAAAAUGCGCAUUCAAGAAAAGUUCAACACCAUCGAUGUGGAGCAGGCCAUUAAGGACAACAUUCACAAAUUCCAAGCUGAUGGAAAAAUGGCCUUUGAUUUUAAAAUGUAAUUUACUACUGCCUACAGUCACUUAUAGGAUUUUGUUCCUAAUAAUAAAGUGUAAAUAUAUUUGUGGUAAGACUUACUUUAAUAAUUCUUUUUUUUUAAAUGUAUCCCAGAUAAAUUAUUAAAUAAAGCCUGAAAUAUUUGAUAAAAA